AUCUCCCCUCCUCUUUCCUCUCACACUGACGAUAAUAAAGGUGGGAUCGAUCCCUGCACAGCGGAGCGCGCGCCGCACCACUUCUUUUAACUUCUUCCUCUCCGCCUCGUUUUCACUCAGCUUCAGGAAGGGGGGCAGGAAGCACGGACCACCAGCACCAGACAGCCUCAGACUGCUCGCCUCUCCGGAUACUGCGGAUUUUUUUUUUAUCCUUAAUCUUUUUCCCCUCAGCGGAUGCAGAGCGCGCGCUCCGCCUCGCAGAGAUAAAAACUGAUAUUUCGCUACUUGGGGGGAACAGAUAGCCCAUCGUCUGUGCGUCCAGCGGGCUUAACUGCACCUCAAGACUCGGAAAGAGCAACAGCCUCCACCGGCACACCAGUGAGGUAGAACAGCCCUACAUCAAACUGCAGCCAUGGAUGAGAUGGACCUGCCCCAGAUGAAGAAAGAGGUGGAGAGCCUCAAAUACCAACUGGCCUUCAAGCGAGAGAAAUCCUCCAAAACAGUCACAGAUUUGGUAAAGUGGAUAGAGGAUGGUGUUCCUGAGGAUCCCUUCCUGAACCCGGAGCUGAUGAAGAACAACCCCUGGGUGGAGAAAGGAAAAUGCAUGAUCCUCUAGAAGGAAAUUUCCCUCUACCCACGACCGUCGACGUAAACACACCCUACAGAUGUCCCCUGAAGCUGACCCUACCCAGCCCGUGAGGGCACUGGCAGGACAGGGCCUACCAACCUUUCACCAUGAAUGUACUACAGCUGAUACUCCCAACCUCUCCUUGACAAACACACAGCGACAGGAGCAUGAAAACACACAUGGACUGACAUACACUGACCCACUUGAUCACUCCAAACCUUGAGACUUUCACUGCAAGUUUAUUCGUGCCACUGCAAUUCCUCAUUACUAUAAUAUGACAAUAUCGAUCCAGUUCUUAUGCUACACGUCUUUAUAUGAAUAUGCGAUGACUUAUUUAUGCAGCUGCCAAUCACAAGCUUUUUCUCUGCACAUUUAGUUUCCUUCAGUUUUGAUUUAUUGCAGUGUAAUAUAGUCACGUUGUCACUGCCAGAAUGACUGUAGGUGUGCUGGGAGAAAGUUGUGCCGUGUUGAGCUAUUAAGAUGAUUAUAUUUGCAAAAAUAAAAAAAAAUCAUUUAAACUAUAUAUGAGAACCCAUAUUGAUAUGUAAGGAAAUAUAGACUAUUUUAUUCAAGCUUAAAAGUAAUUGCGUCAGUGUUUCAGUGUUUCAUACACAACCCCCCUUGCUUGUUUUUGUUUUGUGGUUAAAAUAGCAAGAACUUUUAACCCAUUUAUUGGUCUCAUUUACAGUGGUUACCAAUAUCCUCUAUCUUUAUAUUAUUCAAUACAUAUAUUUACUGAAAUAAAUGUGGCAUAGAGAAUGGAAGUGAUUCCCAUUAAAAGUUAGGGUGGCAGAAGAAGUUAUGACAGUUUAGCUAACAAGAAUUCAUAAGCUAACACAAAGAUAGACAAUAGUUGAACCAGUUACAUUUAAAUGCAUCUCAAAUAUCUUUGGGGAUGCAUAAAAUUCUUUUGAUAUCCAGUAUCUAUCAAAUUCGCUUGACAUGCAAAAAGCUGCUGGACAAAAAGUUACCGAGGGCCUGUCUACUUUGAUGGCGUAGCAUAUUGCAUGUUAGCAUUGUAGAUAGCACCAGUGUUCUGGAAAUCUUAGGAGAGUAUCAGCUUAACAUGUUGCAGGCUAUAAUAGCCACACUGUACCCCAAAAAAUAGCACUUGCAAAUCUGUAUAGGUUCUGAUAUGGGAAAUAAAUCAAUAACUUGUCACAUUGUAAAAUAGUAAACUGAAAUUUGACAAGCGCAAAGCAAAAUGACAGUUUUAGUGUAAUUUGCAAUAACUUUGUUCAGUUACCGGCCACACUUAAAGACAGGUUGAAAAGCAUAGCAUCGUAAAUCUGGAUAAUGACAAACAUUUUUUUUGUCAAAUCAUGUAGCUGUGUGUGAUUUAACCCAAAAAAUACUUGAAAAUACAUUUAGAAGUUAUGAAAAUAACAAUCUGCUGAACUAAGGAAAUCACAUUAUUAGAUUUUUACAUUGUUUAUGGAUAGACGUCUAUGUGAGGCUAAUAUUUGCUUAAAUAUUUGUAUCUUGUUUUUACUCUUAUUUUAAUUAGAAAGAUCUGACUGGAAAUUGUAACAUGUACUUUCACCACUUUGACAUUUGUCUUGGAAAGUUGAUGACAAAAAUUUGAGCAAUGAAAAACAAUCAUCAGAUUGAACUUUAAAACUGUCCUCACAUCUACUUGGCCAGUUACUCUAGCAAACUGUUAAUCUUGUAAGUUUUGAAGUCACUGAUCAUGCCCAUUCUCUAUGUGUUCAAUAGGCAUGAUGGAAGGCAUGCAGACAAGGAUGUUAACAGGCAUUUUUAUUGGGUCAAGCUAUAGUUACAGCUCAACCACUGGACUUUUGUCCUCAUCUCAUUGAAACGGCACAAGAGGGGAAUCACGCUACUGACCAAAGAAAGCAUUAAAAUGCUUUUCACUCUAUCAUAUUGGACUCUUCUGAAUGGCUAAUUACGCCCCGGAUCAAAAGAUUUGACAAAAAACUUGGUUGAAGACAAAUCUUUACCAUGUGGAGUGGUGAAUUGGAGAACUUUACAUCUUUUUAGUGUUUCUCUUUUUCUUAAAAAACAAAAAGAUGCACACUGUUGCAUCUAGAUAUUUGCUAUAGUUACAGAUUUCUUCUUUUGAGUAUUUCUGUUUACUUCUGGGUCAAAGUCGGGUACUAUAAACUGCUGAGCAUGCACAGAGUACCUAGCCCAGUUUGUAUUCAAUUGAACUUAUAUAUGCAGGAGUAACUGACUCCCAACCACAUGAUUUGGGUGCAUUAGUCCUACUUGAGAAAUUCAGUUUAGGAUACUUUCAGUCAGGACAAACAUCUUUAUAUAUACUUUAAAAGUCUUGCUUUUACACUAACCAAACAAAUAAUUUGAUAUUUUCCAACAUUAAGUAAACAUGCUAACAGCUGCACCACCACUAUCAUUAUAAAUCGUCCGUCCCUCAUCAACAUAAAAGUGGAAAUUAUACUUGCUUUCAAUUAGGCAUAUGAUAAUCACAGCUGCUUUGCGCAUUUUGCAUUUGUCUGAAGCAUUGUUUGUGCAAUUCCUCAGAAAUUAACACAACUUUUUUCAAGGUGCAAUAUGCAAGUAACCACUAGGGGCAGUGUUGAGAGCAAUUUGACUGGAAGUAAGGUCACAGGAUGGACAGUGGUAAAAAUGAUGGAGAGUUCAGAAGAAAAGUCAUAGUGUGCUUGUUUUAAGGGCGCUACUUACCAUCUACUAUAUUGCUGCUGUUGUUUAUUUCUGCCGUGAUAUCAAAAUUAACCAAAUAUUGGCCACCUCUAUUGUUGCCAUGUUAAUAAUCUUGUUUACACGCUACAAACUAUCUGGUCUACGUCCAUUAAUGCGCCCCCUAGUGGAAUCCUCCGGAAGCAAGCAUCUUUACUUGUAAGGGAUGGGAUAUACUUGCUGUCUAUGCAAAUGUGCAUGUCAGCGUUGUGCACCAUCUGUAUAUAUACCUGCUACAGCACAAGAGCAACAUGAUGCAACCAAAAUGCUCAAUACUGGAGGUCACCAUUAGGGGCAGUACACAGCACUUGGACUCUGAAAUAGCGAAAAUGCUAGUCACAUUGUAUUUCCAGGGCAUUUUGUAAACAACAGUUAACUAAUCUGUUGCCAGAAGUGUUUAUCACUGUGCAACAGGGAGGGAAAAUCAUAAAGAUUCCAGUAGUUGCAAACAAAGUCCGAGAGGCGCUAUUCAAAACCAUCCACAAGUAAAACUUAAACAUCCAUCUCUGACCUUGUGUUCAUGUUCUUGUUUGCAUUAUCGCCUCUAGUGUUCAAAUCAACAUUGCAGGCAACACGGUACCUCGUGUCAACGCGAGCGGCCUCUUGCUCUCAGCGUGCCAAACGUACGCUAGGAACGCAUGGCAGCCAUGAUACGUAUGCAAACAUGUUGCUAAUAGCAAGUAUAUCCCAGUUCUUGGAAACAACAUGUCUGCACCUGAAAAGCUUUCACAGCCACCUUCUCUUGUGACUCCUACAGUUUCCACAUGUACUUUUAAAUAGUUUGUACAGCAUGAUUAUCACAUCAAGGUUUUGCUUGAGUGGCAUUUGGUCAGUGUCUUAAUAGAGUAGUUUAAUUUGUGUUGCCAGAGGAGAAUAAAAGUCCUGGUCUCUGGAGGGGUUUGAAGUUUCUGCUCCCUCCCCUCCUAAGCUACAACCCCUAAAGACCUUGCACAAACAUACAACCAUGCACACACAUCAUAUCUCCUCACCCUCACAUGUACAUACAGACCCCUUUAACUUAUUAACUUAUUUAUUUAUUGAUUCACCUUAGGUUUUGUUUCCUAUGUCUGAACUCUUUCUUUCUCAUUACCUCAACUUGAAAGAAGAAUUUAAAAAAGAAAAAAACUACUACACCUUGCCAGAUCACCAUCUACUACUGCCUUGUACACAGUUUCCUUAAAAUGAGAAUGUAAAUACGUGGCAUGAGGUAGGAACAUGACCUCAGAGCUAGCCUGCGAGUCUGUGUGCAUGUGACUGUGAUUGUGUGUUUACUGUGCAUAUUUUAGAAAUAAAUAUAGACAAGAGGUUCCUAUGUGGCUUGUGAAGCACACGUGCAGCUGAAUCACACACACACACACACACACACAGAGAGAGGAGGCCAAACAGAUCAACAGAACACAAGCACACACCAUUAACUUCGAGUGUGCAUGAGGGGAGGCGUGGCAAGGACGUGGGAUUCUCUGAAGGACGCGGGACAGCGGAGCCUCACAUCAUCUCUGUACUGUAUUCAAUCUCAUUAUCUACAUCGUUGUUAUUUCCCAAAUUCUGUUUGGUGGGAAGAUGAAUUUGAUCCUAUUUGUAGCUAAUAUUUGAUUUGAUCCCUUUUUAAAAUUCAGUU